AUGGCUUCUCGCAUUGUCAACUCACAACUCACCGCCUCUCUCAAACGUGCUGGCGUUCGUUUUCAAACAACCGGUGUACAAAAUGAAUUCUUCACUCAACGUGAGGCCGUAAAGCACCAUGCUGCUGAUGCUGCUGCCACUUGGAAGAAGAUUUCGAUUUUCGUUUGCAUCCCAGCUCUUGCUGCUGCUGGUUUUAACGCUUACAAUCUCUACCAAAAACAUCACGAACACUUGGCACACCACCCUAAGGAAUGGGUUAAAUACCCUUAUAUCAACUUCCGUGGUCGUGAUUUCUUCUGGGGCAAAGAAUCCCUCUUCUUCAAUCCCAAAGUCAACCUCUCUGCUGUCGAUCAAGAUUAA